AACUGUUUAGCGGAACAGACCUUAAUGGAAUACAAAACGAAAAGUGGGAUCUGAAAAACAAAAACGUACGAAUAGAACAGAAAUCGAUCAUCCAUUACACGUGCUUUAACACAACAGUUGUUUGUAACUGUAAUUGUAAUACGGAAAUAUUGUUUGUAAACAAACGUCGUUUAUAACAGUUACACUUUUGAAUUUAAAUAUUAGUCUUAAUUAAUUUGUUAUGCGGUAGAGAUACAAAAAAUUAGAAUACUACUAGAAAAAAAAUAUAUAGCAACAAUUUAAUUUAAAACAAAUUAAUUUAAAAGAAUGUGAUGAUUUAUGUGAUAAACAAGUCAAAUUAAAUACAUUAAAUUAUUAAAUAAAAAAAGUACCCCAAUAAAAUAAAAAAAAAAUUAAAAUGAAAAUGAUCAAGCGAAAUAAUUUAUUUCUUUACGUCUCUAUCGUGCUGGUGACUACAUUAAAUUUAUGUCUUUCGAAACCUACGACAUCUGCCGGUCUAAUCGAUAACAAUGACACUGAAAUGAAUGGGAUCUCAGAGACAAUCGUUAAUGAGCUUGUUCACAUAUUGGACGAUAAUAAUGCCGAAAACACAAUCUCUAGUAAAGAUAGUGAUUAUCGCAGUAUUUAUGCAGCCCAAAUGAUGACAUACAUGAAUCGUUCGGUAUAUCCGUGCGAUGAUUUCUAUGAAUAUGCCUGUGGUAAUUGGAAAAAUGUUAUCGAAGAACGUCAGGCCACAAACAAACGUAAUAAUAUUUUAGAUAUUACCUAUAAACUAGCCGAUAUUGUAGAGGAUCUUUUACAGCGGCCACACAUCAAUGAUGUGGCACCAGAAUAUGCCGAAGAAUUUGAAUUAGCUAAAAAAUUCUUUAGCAACUGUAUGGCUGCUCAAUUACAUCCCAUGCAAGCCUCUACGGAAUACUUGGCGAUUUUAAAGGAAAUAGGUGGUUUUCCCGCAAUGGAACCAGACUGGAAUCCCGACAACUUUCACUGGCUUAAUAUGAGUGCUCACUUAAGCAAUUAUGGUAUUAAAAAUUUCGUUAAUGAAGCCGUACUACCCGAAUAUCCCUUUCCUCCCUAUUUCAAAUUACCCGAAUUUGGUUUUGACAUAGAACUACACUAUGAUACUAUAGAAAAUACUUCAUCUAAUGCUUAUAUAGAAAAUGAUAAACGUAUGCGAGAAAUUUUGAGCGUCUAUGGUGUUGAGGAGUCUCGUAUUGAUAGCAUAGUUAAUCAGACAUUUGAUUUUCUAAAAGAACUUUUAAAAACUAAAGAACUUUUCAAUAAUGAUGACUUUGAAUGUGCUUUUCUAUCCAAUCUCAUGGAAGAAUCAGAAAUCACAGCCUUAAGAGAAAAAUGGCGCACUUACAAUGAAAUAGCUUGGAUGGGUAAACAUUGGGAAAAUUUCACCGAAGAACUUGAGGAAUGCUGUACACCUUGUUCUUAUUUGUAUGACAAGAUAUUCACUAUUUGUGAAGAACACAAAGAAGCUGCUGCCAAUUAUUUAUCACUUAAAUUUCUCUAUCACAUGGAUGCUCGCAUUAACGAUACGAAAUUUCAAAAAGAAUUUUGUGUUUUAAGUCUGAAAUCAUCGAUGAAAUAUUUCUUUGAUCAUCUGUAUAUGAAGCUGUACUUCAACGAUGAGUUACAAGAAGAAGUAAGCGCUCUCAUCAAAGAAAUACGACAAAGUUUACGUUUAGUUUUACAAGAGGCCAACUGGUUGGAUGAGACCACACGUAAAGCAGCACUGCUUAAAGAAUCUACCAUUGCCGAAUAUAUAGGGCGCUAUGAAGACAAGAAUGUUACCAAACUUUUAAUAGAAGAACUAAAAAAUUUAAAAUUUGUAAAUGGUAGUUACGAGGCGAAUAAUUUAAAUCUGCGUAAAUUCAAACAGUAUAUGACACGUUUUAAUGGUCUGAAUUUUGAAAAAUUGGAUAAUACUACUAAACCUUUGGACUUAUUAGUUGGCAUGCAGGUUAACUCAUUUUAUUAUAAUUUAGACAAUUCUAUUUACGUAAUGGCAGGUACUUUAUUGCCACCGGUCUAUAAUAAGGCCUGGCCAAAUUCGCUGAAAUUUGGAACAUUGGGUUAUUUGAUUGGUCACGAAUUUACACAUGGUUUUGAUACGGUGGGAGCGAAUUAUGAUGAAGCUGGUCAAGCCAAUUACUGGUGGUCUUCCAAAUCGGGCAAGGUGUUUAAGGAACGUUCGAAGUGUUAUGUAGAUCAUUAUCAGAGCUAUCUAAUACCAGAGAUCAAUCGCAAUGUUAAUGGUAAUCUAACAAAUGAUGAAAAUAUUGCCGAUGGUGGAGGUUUGCGUGAAGCUUUAAUGGCCUAUCGACGCUAUGUUAAAAAUGUUACUAAAGAUCUUGAAACGAUUUCCGCUGUAUAUAAAGAAGAACAAAUGCCCGGCUUAGAUUUGUCGCCAGAACAAUUAUUCUUUUUGGGUUUCGCUCAACUGUGGUGUGCGUCAUACAAAGAGGCGGACUAUUGGGAAGAAUUGACAAAUGAACAUACAAUUGAUAAGUAUCGUGUAUUAGGUGCUGUAUCGAAUAAUGCUGAUUUUGCAAAAGCCUACAAUUGUCCAGUGGGCAGUAAAAUGAAUCCUUCAUCUGACAAAUGUCAAGUAUGGUAGUUGUAUAAGUUUUAGAUAAAUUAGCAUAAUUGUUAUUGUUUAAACAAUGUCUUUUUGUAAAUAAAAAUUUAUAUAUAUUUUUUUAAUUAUUUAAA